AUAAUUAACAUUACGGGUGACUCCGUAUCCUUCGAUCCUGGCCCUGCCUAUGUGGAGAUGUCAUGUUCUCCCCGUGCCUGCGUGGGUUUCCUCGCACAUCUCAAAAACAUGCAGCAUUAAUUGGACACUCUAAAUUGCCCGUAGGUGUGAUUGUGAGUGCAGCUGCUUGUCUCUAUGUGCCCUGCGAUUGGCUGGCGACCAGUUCAGGGUGUCCCCCGCCUCCUGCCCGUUGACAGCUGGGAUCGGCUCCGGCGCUCCCCGCGACUCUCCUCAGGAUAAGCGGCAAAGAGAAUGGAUGGCUGGAUGGAUUUGUACUAAAUUUGACGUUUAGUGCCUUUUUAAAGAUUUUCAGUUCUGUCUGAACGGGAAAAGGUUGUCAGCGAGGUCAAGCGAUUCCCCACAUGGAAAUUUGGCCGGGGGCCAGGUUUCCGGCCACGUUGCCAGAUUGAGCUCCGGCGGAAACAUGUUUGGGUCCCAUUGUGGCCGAAAUGUAAACAGAUGAGAAUCUUGACUGAUUGGAGCUUUUCGAGUCGCAUACCGCUGCUUCCAUUCACAUAAACAAGGACUCCAAAAUAUUCAUCCGGCUUUCGCAAUAUCACCACCGUUUGAUGGGUUUUGUUGUUAAAUUGUUCUGAUUGCACAUCAUCAUCCUCAUAACCGGUUAGUCGUGCAUAGAAAACGUCCAGGAUUUCAGAGUUGGAAGUACUUCCUCAAUGAUUUAUUCUCUUUGGAUACAUUUGAAGCCGAUCUGUUAGUCAUGACGGUCGCAAAUUAAAUCAAGAAUGAUCUGAAGUGAUGAUCAAAUCCAUCCAUUAGGUGGCAUUGCAAUAUUUUUGCAAAGCACUGAUCCUCAAAUGAAAGUGUAAAAGGUCCAGUUGAGGAAACUUUCUUCAGGCUGAGGUUUGAAAGUUCAUAACGUAGGGAAUGCGUUGGCACUUAACUCCGAAAUCUUCUCUCCUCACCACCUAAAAUGCCUUGCUCGUACCCACCGGCUCCAUUUGCAAAUCUGCUCCCAGGAAAGCGUUUGAUACAACUCGUGUCACGUGCGUGGUGUGAAAAUGCGCCCGAUCUAAAAAAGAAAAAAGACUGGAUAGCGCCUAGACAUCGAGGGGUAUGUCGAUUGGUUGAAGCCAGGUGGCCGCCAUCUUGGUACUCCCAAAACAUGUGGAGGACAUGGUUUACAGGUUGGAUUAUUGUGGGGUUUUUCCUCAAAAUUUGGCAUAUAGAAUUAAAGCUGGUCGUGUGAGCUUGACAUUUUUGCAGUUCUGAUGAGAUGAAAGAUUUUUAAUUGGACUUGGUAAGCCAAAAAAGGCUAAGUGCAAAGGAUAGACAUUUAACACUGUGACUACCAAGAAACCUUGCAUAUUACCUAGGGUCUGAUUUUUGUGACAUGUUAACUUUUCCCAAAAUACGCUGUGAAGCACUAUCAUUAUAACAUAGCAAAACAGUACGCAUUUUUUUUGUCAUUAAAUUUUAACUCAAUCAGUUCGAUAUAUUUUUGGGAAAUAAGGACACGCAAUGGCAAUAAAUACACACUAAACGCAUUGUUCAUUUAUCUCUCCGAUGUCCUGUUUCAGAGAGAAAAUUUAAACUAGUUUCAUCGCAUUUGAAAAUCACAUUCGAUUUGCACAGUUCUGUAUUAUGAAAUUCACAGAAAAUGUGUUUCCUUGCUUAUCCGCUGAUGAAGUUUGGGAAAAUAUUUCCAUCGCUUUUUCGCGAAAAACCAUCGGCUUAUAAAGUUGAAGCAGAAAGCAAACAACAGUAACUGUAAAUAAAACUUUGUUCAAGUGAAUUAAGAUCAUCAGAAAAUAAAAAUAAAAAACCUUGACAAACAAACUUUAACAGUGUCAAAGUAAAUCUUUCCAACUUACCUGCGGUAUGUUUUCUCACACCCACGAAACUGUCGAUUAACGCACAGGUCGGCAUGGUUGUUUUGGGAGUAUCAAGAUGGCGGAUGGCGACUUCAGUUUUGGUGGCCAAUGAGCCAUCCAGUAAUUUUUUUUUUUUCAAGAUCAAUGGCCGGAUCGGUAAAAGUCACUUCCUCGGCACAUAUAUUCCACCGGUCUCACUCUUACCUUUUCCGCUCGAGUGCCCCUUGCAGCCGUUAGAAAAAAUGCACAAUUUAGUCGCAUGACUGCAUAAACUGCUGGGCUGAAAGCGUGAGAAAAAAAGUCUCGGUUUUUAGGCCGGAAAUUACGAUAAUUUUUGGGGGGGUUGUGUUCAACGACGCACUGAGCGAGAUGCGUCAGCUCUCGGAAUUAUGCCACAUCCAUUAUUAAUAGCUUUCGGACGGCGUCGAUCAAAACUGAAGGUUCUGGUCGCUGCAGUUCUUGGAUCCCAUGCAAGAUGUGGGUGAAAUUCAGAAUGAGUGGCUGCAGGAGUUAUACAAGACCAUCGGCGCUCGCCGGCCGCAGUUCAUCGCGCUGCAUUUUCAGGAGGUGGGAGGGAAAGACUACAUGGUCAACAUGGGCCACGCGCAGCAAUUCUUCCGGAACAUCGAGUUCAGCGAAGAGCUAAAAGAUUUCGACAGGCGCUGCAUCUAUGUGGACGACCAGUUUCAAGCAGAAGACCGUUUCACGGCAUUGGGCAGCAUGUACUUCAUCCACAAAUCGUUGAAGAACAUCCGCCAGUACGACUUCAGUGUUAAGGAUUUUAAAGCAGUGCCGGCACUGGACAAGUUUGCGGGCUCUCUGGAUGGGGUCACCGCCGUGGAAAAAGAAAAAUUCCCAAAGAAUUUCUGGCCUGAUUUCAAGUGGUCCAGGAAGGGCUUCAUGAGGACCCGCUGGAUCAUCCACGACCGAGGCCUGGACCUGGUCAACGUCCACCUGUUCCACGAUGCCUCCAACCUCGUUGCCUGCAAGUCCAGUCCUUCUGUUUACUCUGCCAACCGCAAAAAUGCGCUGCGGCACGUCAUCAACAGGAUUUCAGACCAGGGCCACACGCCGAUGCCUUUCUUCCUGUUUGGAGAUUUCAACUUCCGUUUGGACACGCUGAGUCUGGUCCAGCACCUGUCUACCUCCGCUGAAGUUCAGACCGUGAAGAAGGACAGCAGUAACGAAGUGCAGAAAAUCAUCUGCGAGGAGAAAGCUGACCGCCAGGUGCUUCUGCUGAUUGAGGACAAGCUCUUCGCCUACCUGCAUCAGGCCGUCUUCAGAGAAGACAACGGCAAAGCGCUGCUAAAAUACGACAAAGAAGUCACAGCCUUUGACGACGUUGUCCGGGAAGAGGAAAUCACGUUUCCGCCCAGCUACCCUUACAGUGAAGAGUACACUAAGCCAACCCAGUACAUGAACACUCGCUGCCCGGCAUGGUGCGAUCGCAUCCUGAUGUCACACUCGGCGCAACAAUUCAUCCGCAGUGGCGCCGACGGCGCGAGGAGCGUGAUUUACGACACGUUGGGCCCGAAUGUUUGUAUGGGAGAUCACAAGCCCGUUUUUUUAUUCUUCGCACUGAAGACAAAUGUACAUUGACUGCGGAUCUCGUCAGCGCUGAGCCAGUGAGUGUGUUCAUGGUGCAUCGGGGCGGGGUGGGGGGAGGGGAGCAAUCUUGUCGAGAUCCCCCAAGAGACGGGCCCCGCUUUGUCGUCUUGGAGACUAAGAUGAAGUAGCAGCGGGGCAGCGGCUCUCCUUUGUGUUCAUGUGCCAUCAGCACCUUUCACUCGUGUCUUUUACAUCCUCUCCGCUGUCAGUCCGGACCCGCAGCACCGCGCAGCCCAUUUCCAUCAGGACGGCCGAUUGGGGAGAUAGCCAUUGUUACCCGAGCGGGAUAUUGGCAUUUUUAUGGCCUUUUUUUUUUUAUUUUAAAUUAACCCUGUUGAGGAUGACUUAGUUUUUAAUGAGCCAUUUAACAUUAGAGACUAUUUAUGUUUGCCUGGAACCGACAACCCUGGAGAAGUUCACGAAUGUGUGAUUUCAUAAAACAAAACGUUUUAAGGAUGUGCUUACCUCCGUGUUAAAAAAUUCAAAGCAUUUUACAAACUUGAUUAUCUGAAGAUGAAACGUUAAAACAUAUUUUAUCAUUUACAAUUUUGUGCGUAGUUAGCACUGCGGACGUCCGAGCUCACCCCCGCCACCCCCAUCCACGGAAACAAACCAGUCGAUCGGGGGAAGACGAUUGAGGCAAAACAAUUAAUGGGCACGGUCGAUAGCUCAAGUGCUAAUGCAGUAAUUUAUUGGGUCUUCUUCUUCUUUCGGCUUGUCCCUUUCGGGGUCGCCACAGCGUGUCAUCUCAGAUGAACGGUCAAGACAUGAAUUUGAAAAUUAAAAUACUCCCAAUACACAGUCAAAACAAAAGAUGUCACAAAAAAAAAAAAAACAUACACAGUAUUCUGAGAUACACUCUGCGAAAAAUCUACAUCUUAAUGGAUGUACUCAAAUGUGUUUUUCUGCUGAAUGAUGGAGAAAAUGUACCUUCUGCCAUCUAGCGGAAGAGCAUUUGAUUCUUCUCCUUGUCACUAAACGUGACUGGCAUAGAUCGAUGACAAUAUUUGCUCUGAAAUGUAUUUAUAAGUCAAGUUGGAUGGGCAACGCUCGCUCGCUCGGCCCAUGAAUUAACAUCAUUCCACGUGCUGCUGAGUCGCCGUUGCAAAGGAGAAAUGAAAAGCCCUUACCUGAAAAGUACCGUAAUUUCCGGCCUACAGAGCGCACCUGAUUAUAAGCCUCACCCAGUAUAUUUUUAGAUGAAAUACCAUUAAGUACAUACAUACACCGCAGCUGUGUAAAAACUUUAAAAGUUUUAAUAUCUAGCGCGGCGCUAACAGGGUCAGUUAAAAAAAAAACAUACCGGGAAAAAUCACUGAGACACGGCAGUAACAGGCUGGCACAGCGCUAACGCUAGCGCAGCGUUAACAGGGCUGGUUUAAAAAAAUAUAUCAUACGAGUAAAAAUCACUGAGACACAGCCGUAACACAGCAGCACUGCGCUAAAGCUAGCGCAGCGCUAACAGAGCUGGUUUAAAAAAAAAAAAUCAUACUGGUAAAAGUCACUUCCUCGACAUAUAUUCCACCGGUCUCACUCUUACCGUUUCUGCUUGAGUGCCCCCUUGCACAAAUGAUAUGCAUCACCGCAUAACCCACAGGGUUGAAAGCGUGUGGGGGGAAAAAAGUCGCAGCUUAUUACGCCAGAAAUUAACGGUAAAUGAAAGAGCUAACGGCUCGGCUCGCAUUGCCCCCCCCCCAACCAACAACUAGUCUGCAUUCCAUUGUCGCCUCGCACCUCACAGUUGUCGGGUCAAGUUUAAUUGCGUGAGACUUGGACUUCGGCACUGAGCAGAUGUUUGCGUCUGUGCUAUGUUGGUCACUACACAAACAAUAUACAUCAUAAAAAUAAGAACACUAACAUGUUGGUGGGGGGGGGUCCCCGGGGGGUCCCCCGUUUUGAAAAUCAGUUUGGGUCUUUGGUGUUUGUUUGUGUGUGUGUGUGGUGUGUGUGUGUGUGUGUACACUGCUGUCAUGUUAGUAACUGCUACUGUUUUUUUUUUUUUGCAUGGGUGUGUCUUACGGUGCAGCAACACGCUCGGGAAAGUAGGGGGGGGCUCAAAAGUAGGAGUUGUAUCGAAGGUCAAAUAACAGAUGGUUGAUCCUCAUGGAAGUUCUUUCAAGUUCAACACCCUCACGUGACCUUUUUACAUUUUAGUUUAUUAGCAUAAGCACGCUCCAGAUGAGCAUUACUCUCUAAACUUAUUAUUGUUAUUAUUAUUAUAACCAGGCAAUUUUGUUAAUGUGUGUUCAGAACUUAUUUAUUGAGCCAUAGAUUAACUGUAUACGUGCUUUUGUUUUUGAUUUUUCUAUUUUUAGCUAUUUACAGGUUUUUUUUUUUUAAUUCUCUUUGCUGUGACUGCUAUUUUCCACAAAUGAUUUCAGACAGCUGUUCGAUGUCCCGCACGUUUUGUUUUUUUUUUUUUUUUGGGUGGGGGGUCGAUGCUGAACAAUUGACUAAAAGGCAUGUAAAGUAUUUUUAAAAAUGUGCAGUUUUGCCAUUCCAAGUGUUCGAAAUUGUCAGCUUGACAAAUGUCAAAACGUGCUGUUAGCUUACUAUUGCAGUUCUUAGGAAAAAACGAUUUUUUUAUUGUUUUUAAUCAUUUAAAUUUAAGGGUAACACAUAUUUUUUUUUAAAUCUCUUGAUAUUUAAAAGAAAAUAGAGUAAAACCUUGUGUACAAAGUGCUUUAUUCACCUUUAACAUCUCGCUGAUUUUUUAUUUUUUUAUUUUUUUUUUUUUGCAUCCACAUUGAGGGGCUGCCCCCUCGCAACGAGCCAGCCGGUGGCGGCUUCAGACCCACCGCGUCCCCACGUCCAAAAAAAAUGCCUUCCGAGUGUGAAAAUCAAUUUAAUGUUGAGAUGCCGGUGUGGCGGUCUGAGCGCUCCCCUGUGCUGAAAAGUCUCCUUGUGAUAAAUGCGUAUGCGUUACUAAGAGGGGAACUCUGGGUACGCGGCAGACGCUUAUUGGGAAAUCCCCCAGUCUCACAGUUCCCCUUCUUCCACAUAGAGGGAGCGAUCAUACGUUAUAUCCUAACCUUAAAACAAAAGUUGAUUUAAAAAAAAAAUAAUAAAAAGAUAUUCACAUAUAUGUACAUUCGAUGUGUUUAUGAACGCGUUGUCGAAUGGCACAUGUUGAAACAUGGAUGAGGAUGUUUCAGACUGGCCGGAAGUUUACAAAAUAUACGCGCAUGCGCAUUAAUCAAAAACACUUUUCAGCACUGAGAGUGCUCAGACCGUCACACCGGUACAGUAUUAGGAUUUCGGCCUUUCCCUGUCACGACGACAAAAAAAGUGAAAUGUGCUCCGUGACCCCCAGUAUCACAAAAUAGUUUUCAGGACCGCGCAGGGGCAUGCAAAGAAUUUUAAUAGUCAAACGCACCCCCUCAAUGGGGGCACAACUGCAGGCUUUUUCCUUUGGCUUUUUUUUUUUUCCCCAAUGGUGCACUUUUCUUAAUAGUGUUGCCAAAAAAAUCCUGUCCCGCAUCUCACUAAUUUCACGAAUACUUGACUCACGUCAACUGUUUAUUGCGCACUGGUUGUAUUUUUCAUUGUUGGACAUUGUGUACGUGUUAAUAUUUUUAAAUUGCUGGUUUUUACAACAAUAUAUAUAUAUAUUUUUUUUUUGGGUGCGUGUGUGACAAGACUCCUGCAAUAUAUGUUCAGCCAAGGCAAGAAUUUUUGUGUGUAUUGAAUAAAACCAUGUGCAUGUGACGAAAAGACAUGCUAUGAUGGAUACAAUUAAAAAGGCAGCUGGAAAGAAGUCAUGAUAAUGAUAUUUGAUUAUUUAAUGAUAUUUUUCUUGGCAUGUAUAGCGCUGAUAAUCUAUCCAUGCAGUUACUUUGCUAGCUUAUCCUCACGGGGGUCACGUUGUCCGCGGGAGCCUGUCCCAGCUGCCAACAGGCAGGAGACGGGGUACACGCUGAACUGGUCGCCAGCCAAUCACUGGGCACAUAGAGACACACAACAGUCGCAAUCACACCUAGGGGCAAUUUAGAGUAUCCAAUAUUAAUGUUGCAUGUUUUUGAGGAUGUGGGAGGAAACCGGAGUGCCCGGAGGAAACCCACGCAGGCUACAGGGAGAACAUGCAAACUCCACACAGGCGGGGCCGGGAUCGAACCAGAGUCCCCAGAACUGUGAGGCCAUCGCUUUAGCAUCUUCUAUAAUUUUCUUUUUUAUUUAAGAUUAGUUGAGUAAAUUGGACACACCUUGUCCAAAAAUAGCCCCGCUUUGGGAUAACGAGGUCGCUCAACCUGUAAACCUUCAUUUAAAGUCUGCGGAAUAGGAAGAAUAUCGUGGAAUAUUACUUUAGUCAUCGUGCUUGACCUUGGUGACCCUCCCCCAUCCCCGCUACAGGGAGAGGCCUCACGAAAACGAACGGCGCACAAGUCGGAAGCAUGAUUCGGAAUGUGUCAGAAUUCUAUUUAUUGACGUGACAUACCAGUAACUUUUCCUUUAUCGGUGCGUACAUAAAAGCAAAUUGAACUAAAUUUGGGUGAAAAAAAAAAAAAAGAAUGCAUAAAAUGAGAAUCGCACAAUAUGCUAAAAUGCUGCAUCUGAGCUCAAAUGCUUUACAAAUAAUUGACUUAUUUUCUGUGAAUUUACUGCAAAAUUGUGUUCCAGUACAUUAUGUCCAGCAUAUUUUACUCCAUACCGCGUUGUAAGCGCCGUGCAGUACAGAGGUUAUUUGGUCAAUGAGCUGGUCGGCUUGUAUUGAUUUCUAUAAAUUGGACCACAUGGGCAAAAAAAAA